AUGGGGUUCCUGCUUGUCAAUGGGGUUUCUACUUACGUCAAUGGGGUUCCUACUUACGUCAGUGGGGUUCCUACUUACAUCAACCGGGUUCCUGCUUACAUCAGUGGUUUUCCUACUUACGUCAAUGGUUUUCCUACUUACGUCAGUGGUGUUUCUACCUACGUCAGUGGUGUUCUUACUUACAUCAAUGGGGUUCUUACUUACAUCGGUGGUGUUUCUUACUUACAUAGUGAUAAUGAUUAUGUUGAUGGUGGUAAUAGUGAUAAUAAUGAUGGUGAUGUUUAUGGUGAUGCUAAUGAUGUGGUUGACGGUGAUGAUAGUGAUAAUGAUGAUGUUGAUGGUGAUGAUAGUGAUAGUGAUGAUAAUGAUGAUGUUGAUGGUGAUAAGAUGAUGAUGGUGACGCUGAUAAUGAUUAUGGUGAAUAGAAGAUGA